AUGAUAGGCUUUAUUCGUGAGGUCAAAAUCAAAGAUGGAUAUAAAAGCAGUACCAUCCCAUUUAAGCAAGUUUCCCUCAUAAUCAUGAUGUCCAAAGUCCCGAUUCAUACUGACAAGGCCUCCAAGCCCCGGCCUGUGUACAACCAGGCGAUCAAAGCCAAUGGAUUUGUAUUUUGCUCCAGACAGCUUCCAAAGGAUCUAAACGGGGCUCUGAUAGAGGGUACCAUUCAAGAUCGCACCCACAAAUGUAUACAGAGUCUUUGUGCCGUUCUUGAAACUGCGGGGUCUAGCUUGGAUAAAGUUGUCGAGGUCAACGUCUUCUUGUUGGAUAUCGACGACUUACAAAGACGAACGAGCUCUACCUGCAGUGCUUUGGCAACAUGA